CUAAUGAUUAAUGUCUGGAUAUACCAAUGGACUAUUAUAUGGAAAAAUGGACUAUUAUGGAACAACUACUCUGCUGAUGAUGUAUUUGUUUUGUCACUUGUAUACAUUUAUUUAUUGAUAUUCCUAUAUUAUUUUAUUUAUUCUUUAAUUAUUGAUUAAUCCACAUUGUGGAAACAUUAAAAAAAAAAAAAAUAUUACUGUACCGGUAUUAUGAUGAAAAUGUACUCCUAAUUGACUGUAUUUACAAAAAAAAAUUAGAUAGUUCCAGUUGAAAUAUCUAUAGUAUAUUUAUAUAAGUUUAUUAGUAUAACAGUAGAAUCAGAGGUAAUAGAACAGAAAAUAAGUACUUAUUGAAACAGUUACUUUAUUUUUCUGGCUUAGCAUGUAGUUAUAUUUUAUGCUUCCAUGGCUGUCCAUAUGCAGUUUUUCAUCUUUCAUGUGUUACUUUUAUGCUGUAUAUCAUAGUGCUGAAAUAAGCUUACUUGCUUGACAAACAGUAUUUGGGUGAUGGGGAUAAUAUUGGAUGGGGACAUUUAAUGCAAAUGUGAUGAAUAUUAUUGUUUUAACACAAAAAAACAGCAUUUGGUUCAUCCGGUAGUGAUAAAUAUCAUUGUCAAAAAAUGAAAUUAAUAAAUAUUAAAUUCUUAUCCUACAAGUUCUGACUUUGAACCGAAGUGGUAAUCAUAGAGAUGAGAGGCUGCCACAAGAUUGAGCUAGCUUAUUGACUUUCGAUUCUUCAAGAGGGUUAGGUUCAUGUACGAACAUCUCACAUGUUUUUGAGUAUUGCCCAAACCUCUGACUUGAAAAAUUCUGGAGUUUAUUUUUACGGAAUUUGUACUUGGAAUUCAGUCAUUUAUAUGUAAUGAAAUAAUAUGUUCAAGAUAUAAAUUUGGAAAUAUUGUGCUUUUGGAUAUAAUGGCAGAAUCUAAAGAAGAAUCUCUUGGUGAAAUAUAUGUUCAGGUCAAAUUCAGCGGAAUUCAGAAGGAUGAACUGGAUUGUACUGGAAAGGUAUUGCAAAUCGGUAAAUUGAAGGUUCCAAUAUCUAGAUUUGGAUCAUGGGUUUUCCAUUUCAUCUCGGAUCAGAAUGAGAUUGAUGGUUUGUUAGAGACUGGGAUUCCUGCUGUUCUCUUCAUCUGGGCCUUGUACAAGUCUUAUCCAGAGAUCACAGCCUGGGUUUUGGAUCCUAAAGAUUGUUCCUUUGUAUUUGAUGUUGAAAGGAAAGAUAAACGAAGAAUUUUGGACGAAAUUAUUGGAAAAAUGAAGGAAAAUAUUCAGAAAUUCCUCCCAGAAAUUCAGGGAAAGAACUUGAAAAUUACUCUGAUCAGACUGUUAACACAGAAACCAGCCCUACUCUCAUCACCUGCUAUCUCAACUUCUUCUCCCAGCAUGAAAUCAAAAUCUAAUAAAAAGAAGAAAAAAUCGGACAGAGCUAAUGGAAAUCUGGCAACAGAUCCCUGCUCUAAAAGCACUGAAGUAUGGAGGCUGAUAAAACUGCGGAAUGAAAUCCAAACUUCAGCAGACAACAACGCAAAGCUGUGGAAGCUUCUUGAGUUCUGUGUUUCUGCUUAUGAGAUGAAGGAAUUUGAUCAAGCUGAAGAAUUUCUGACAGAAUUGAAUCAAUUGUUGCCAAAUGUACAGAUUCCGUCAGAAGAUGUACCAACUUUACUGCAGGAAAUUAAGAAACUUCAGCAACAACUCUUUGACGACUCAAAUUUUACUCGUUCCGUUGAAUUGAUCAUUGCAUCAGCAGAAUUUGUGAAGGAGAUCAAAAAUGAGGAUGAACGAUUAGAAAAUAUAAAUUUUGAUUUGAGAAAAGUUUGUGAUGGUGUUGCAAGGACUUACGGAGUGAAAUCAAGCUGUUUUGAGGUCUCAGUAGGUUUCAACGAUGAAGUUGGAAGAUCAAGGCCAGAUAGAGGAUCACAGACACUCUAUGCCCAGGCAAUGAAAUCUCAACAAUCUGGAAAACGUGCAUUCAAGCGUUACGAAUUCGGUGAUGCAUUGCGAUGCUAUGAGUCGGCAAUAAAACUUGAGCCAAAGAAAAUGCUGUAUCAUCUUGACAUAGCUGAGGUUUUCUUUGCACAAGGAGACUUGGAGAAAUGCAAAGAAGAGUGCAAUGAAGCAUUACGACUGGCAGAGGAAGGAGAGGACAGACUCAAAUCAAGAGCAUUUGCACAGCUGGGAGAAGUCGAAUUACGAAUGUGCCGACCAGUAGAAGCAUUAUGGUGUUUCGGAGAAUCUCAGAAACUGAAGCACAACCAAGAUAUUGCCAACAAGAUAUCCAAACUCCGAGCUGAGUUCGAUCGAGGUUGCAACAACAUGAUGCGAAAUCGUAAUGAAGUAAAUGGCAAUUCACAGCUACAAACUGUUCCCAACCUAUUUGCUCCUUUCUUUCAGCCUCAUUUACCUCUGCCCCUGCUAGGGUUAGAUAAUGGGUUUGGGGGCUUGAUGUAUGACGAUGAUGAUGAUUAUGAUGAUGAUGAUGAUACUAGUGAUGAUGGCUAUUUAGAUGAGUAAAUUAUUUGUUCCUUCGUCCCCCCUUUUUGGGCAACUAUGCAGAACUAUCCCAUUUAGGGGGGUGGAUGAUGAUGAUGUCUAUUUGGAUGAGUAAAUUAUUUGUUCCCCCGUCCCCCCUUUUUGGGCCACUUUGCGGAGUUAUCAUAUUUGGAGGGUGGAUGAUGGCUAUUUAGAAGAGUAAAUCAUUUAACUAGUUCCCCCUUUUUUUUUCGGGCCUGCCUCUAUGCAGAAUUAUCCUUUUUAGAGGGUGGAUGAUGGCUAUUUAGAUGAGUAAAUCAUUUAACUAGUUCCUCCUCUUUUUUUCGGGCCUGCCUCUAUGCAGAAUUAUACUAUUUCUAGACCUAUCUGUUUUUCAUAUACAUGCACAAUACCUGUACCAACUUUAUAAUCAGUAAUCAAUUAUAAAUCAAUCCUUGUUCUAUGAAGGUGUUACCAUUCAUGGCUAUUUAUAAAAGUAAUUUCCGCAUAAUACCCACUCACGAGGCUGUUGGUUAUAAAUCCAGUUUAAAGUGAACCUAUGGAUCGAUUUGUUCUUGCAUCCUCCCCAACCAAUGGAUCAAUUACUACGUUAAAGCUUGUUGUUGUCGCUAGAUGGCCAUUACUUUUAUUUAUUUCAAAAAAUAUCUGUGAUUUCCAUGUAAUUCGUUUUUCACUUCAAAGUUUUGUGUGAUGACGUCAUCAUAAAUUACCUGCCGCGGUUCCAUAACAUAGUCUGACUGCUGGUACUGUGAAUGAUACCCAUACAACUUCGUUUUGGCCUUCUUGAUCACCAAUCUCUUGUUUAUAUAUUAUAUGACAACAUUUAUCGGACCUCCAGAAGUAUGCCCACCAAGAUGGCACACAACCUGAAUAUAGUAUGUGUGUACAGGUUAGGAUUCAGGUUGUGCGACAUCUUGCACAUACUUCCGGAGCACCCAUUUAUCAUUAGUUUCUGAUGAAGACAGACUCAGGGCCCGGGAGAGUCUUCCAUUAUGCUACCAUUGACUAUGGUUAUCUAGUUGAACUAAUAAUUUAUCUUCAGAUCAUGUUCCCUAUGCAAUAUUAUCCUACUUCUUGACCUGCCUAUACUGAGAAUGAAUUUUGUAUGAUUACAUUAAUAUAGGGUGCCCCAAGUUAAAUAAAACCCUUUACUUAGAUUUUGGUGGGUCUCACUUAUUUUUGAACACCCUGUACAGCUGUACUAUUAUGGGCGACGGUUACUAGGGCUUGUCUAUUAUACGAAUUAACUCUUGAACAAUACCUAUUUAUACCUUGUUUUUUAAUUAAAAUGAGUUCCCGUCCUGUGACAUCCUUUUUCAAUGGCUAUUUACGGUAGGUGAAUAUAGGCACUGUGCACUUUAGGGCCAAUCUAUUAUAGAUUUGCUAUUGAUAAUAAUGGUUGUUUAGAUAAUCCGGGCCUAAUAUUGAAAACAAGCUUUUGUAUGUAUGUGGAGUACAAACUGACUUUAGAUUAUAAACCUACUAUGGCCUGGUCAGAAGGACAAUGGGGAAAACAAUUUUGACGAGUUAAUCCCCCCCCUCAUUGUGCCGUUUAUGCACAACACCUAAGAGUCUUCUGCCUAUUCAUAUGAUUAAAUUAUAUUCCAAUUAGAGUCACAGUACCUAUACAAGCAAGCUAUUUUGAUUAACGCUAUAGUGCCUUGAAAGUGGGGUAGUAACUAGUAAGUCAUGAUUUUUGUUCAGCCUCCCAGUAAAGGGCCAACAGGCAACUUGAACCCAGAGGGCUGCAGAACUGGGAAUGACCCUUUUUUGCGAAUGCGUACUUCAUAAUAGCAAAUUACUCUCCCA